AUGGUGGCGCUGCUGCAGCCGUUAGCCAAUGCCGCCGGCCUCGAGAUCCUCGACUUGGGUGGAAACUGUGUCGACGCUGCCAUCGCCGCCCUGGCGGCCCUUUGUGUCACCGAGCCUUCAUCGACGGGGAUUGGCGGUGACUGCUUCGCCAUCUUCUACAAAGAUGGCGAGAUCAUGGGGCUCAAUGGGACGGGCAGAGCUGCCAAGGACAUCGACAUUGACUACGUCAAAUCGAAACUUGGCGCCGACGCCAAGCGCAUACCGUACGAGUCGGUGUUUGCAGUUACCGUCCCCGGGGCCAUUGCCGGUUGGUAUGAUGCCUACGAGUUGUGGGGUUCGGGCAAGGUGACGUUUGAGCAGAUCCUCGCCCCCGCCAUUCGUCUUGCUCGUGAUGGGUUUGUGGUCCACGAAAUCGCCGCCAAUCUCUGGCAACGUGAAGUGGGGAAGCUCCAAAGACAAAACAAACCCAACGCACCCAAUCCCUUUUUGUUUGACGGCAAAGCUCCUCAGGAAGGUGACUUAGUGUACAAUGAAGAGGUGGCCGUCACCUUGGAGAAAAUCGCUAAGCACGGUAAGCUGGCAUUCUAUACUGGAGAAAUCGCCGAAGCCAUCGUCAAUACCGUGCAAGCCAAGGGCCACAAGUUGACCCUUGAGGAUUUGGCUAACCACAAGUCGACGUUUGUCGACCCCGUGGGGCUUGAUUUCAAAGGGAAAAAAGUGUGGGAAAUCCCUCCUAAUGGCCACGGUCUUGUUGCUCAGCUUGCUUUGGGAGUGAUCCAAGAACUUCAGCACCAAGGCAAAAUUAACAUGCACAAUAUGGAGCACAACUCGGCGGAAUACCUUCACGUACUUAUCGAAGCGUGCAAAUUGGCUUUCCACGAUUCUGAAGAAUACGUCUGCGACAUGGAGUUCCACAAAAUUCCCGUUACCGCCUUGUUGUCGUCUGAAUACUUAGGUCGGCGGGCAGAGAUGCUCAGCGCUUCCCAACCGGGGAGUGACUAUACCUUUGGUGUCCCCGAUCCAAAGUAUAAGAGUGACACGGUGUAUUUGUCGGUGGCAGACAAGGAUGGCAAUGCUUGCUCAUUCAUUAACUCUGUCUUUGAGGGUUUCGGCACCGGUAUUGUUGUUGGCGACAAAGGAUUCUGUUUGCACAAUCGUGGUGCCGGUUUCAACUUGACUAAAGGAGCCCCCAAUCAUUUGGAAGGGUUGAAGCGACCCUACCACACCAUUAUUCCCGGGUUGAUUACCAAUGACGACGGGUCAUUAUAUGCUCUGUUUGGCAAUAUGGGUGGGUUUGCUCAACCAGUGUGUCACGUACAACAUGUCAUGAACAUGCUUGUAUUUGGAAUGACGCCCCAACAGCUGAUUGACCUGCCUCGCUUCGUGCUUGAAUCCGAUUACGACGCCAAAACUGACCGGGGCCGAGGGUCUCAUGGACCCAUUCACACCACUGGGACUGUGGUUGCCUUGGAAGAGGGUAUUCCUGAGGAAACUAUCAAGCAGUUACAGGAAAUGGGCCACAAGACGAUGAAUCCUCAAGGGUAUAAUCGGUCACUUUUUGGUCGAGCACAAAUCAUUACGAAAACUAAGACUAAAGAUGGCAGAUUUGUAUAUGCCGGUGGGCUGGACUUGCGGGCCGAUGGUGCUGUGGUGGCUCAAGUCUGA